AACAUUAUUCUCGUGUCUUGACUACUGGCAGUUGAUAACUACAGAAAGGAAGCGUCGCAACUCACAAGCUAACAGAUGCACUGAAUUUCUCUCAUCCCUGCCCAUCAAGAGGAGAAAAGGAGGCUGCAUCUGGAUCUGGAAAUGGCACGAACAAACGCAACAGAUCCCUGAGCUCCAGUGUCAGGAGCAAGAAGCCUAGAUUGUUUGCAGAAGAGCAAUACAGCAACUCGAAGACCAAAAGGCUAGGGCUGUACUAAAGCACCUAUUUACCCAGGAACUUCUGGCACAAGAGAGGUAUAAAAAAGAAAUGACUGGUGUGGAAGCUGCUGCCAUAUCUGCUGUAGUAUCUGGAAUAUUGAAGAUUGUGGGCAACAAGUUAGCUCCACCAGUAAUAAAAAAGUACAGCUCUAUAGUUGGUGUGGAGAAAGAUCUCCAGGAGCUCCAGGAUCGAGUUGUGGAGAUAAACUCUUGGUUGGAAAGGGCAGAAUGUCAAGCCAUGGAGACUGAUGCAUCAUUUAACUGGCUCAAACAGUUGAAAGAUUUUGCUUACGCUGUUGAUGAUGUUGUUGAUGAGUUCCAGAUGAGGGCUGAGAAACAUGACGCUUCUGCUGCUGGUGAUAUGUGCCUACAACCAAAAUCAUUUAUUUUUCACUGCAAGGCGGCUAAGAAGAUCAAGGCGAUUAAUAGGAGAUUUGCUGCAAUUGUGAAGCAAAGAACUGACUCAAGUGUAAUAGCAAAUAGCUUACCACCAAUUGGUCAUCCUGCUUAUAUGAAUGAGAUUCCUGCGAACAGCCCAUCAUUGCCCGUCGUGGAUGUGGCAUCAGUACUCGGAAGAGACCAAGAAAAGAACCAAAUAAUAUCUAAACUCAUAAAGACUAAUGACCAACAGAGAAUCAGGAUUUUUUCCAUCAUCGGGCUUGGAGGCUCGGGGAAAACUACAUUGGCUAAACUAGUUUUCAAUGAUGGUAACAUUAUAGAGAAGCAUUAUGAAGUUAGACUAUGGGUUCAUGUUUCGCAAGAAUUUGAUGUCAAUAAUCUCAUCAAGAAACUGUUUGAAGCUAUAGCCAAUAGAGAUCCUGGACAGCAUGCCUUGCCGUAUAUGAGCAACAAAAUCUUAGACAAGUUGACUGGAAAGAGGUUUCUCGUUGUAUUGGAUGACGUUUGGACAGAGAGCCGGAUUAAGUGGAAAGAGCUCAUGGUAUAUCUGAACAAUGGUGCCUCUGGAAGCGGGAUUUUACUCACUACUCGCAGUAGACAAGUCGCAGUAACAGUUGAAUCCACAUACCAAUUUGACUUGCCACUCUUGUCUCCAGGUGACAGCUGGCAGCUGUUCCAACAAUGUUUAGUAAUACCUAGGAAAGGUUGGGAUUUUGAAUUUGAACAGAUUGGAAAAGAGAUUGUGAAAAAAUGUGCUGGAGUGCCGCUAGCAAUUAAAGUUCUUGCAGGUGCUCUACGUGGCAGGGAACGGAUAGAAGAGUGGCAGGCCAUGAGAGACAACAAUUUGUUAGAUGUUAAGGGUGAAGAUCAUAGUGUGUCAGUAUUUGCAUGCCUGAGGUUGAGCUAUUUCCAUUUGCCAUCUCAUCUGAAGCAGUGCUUCACAAUAUGUUCAAUGUUCCCUAAAGGUCACAAGAUUGAUAAAGAACAAUUGAUUGACAUAUGGAUUGCUCAUGAUAUGAUCAUUCCGAUGGAUGGUGUUCACUGCUUGGAGUAUAUUGGCCACAGAUACUUUGGUUCUCUUUUGCAAGUAUUUUUUUUACAAGAUGUGAAUGAAUAUAAUGGAAGAGUGACAUGCAGGAUGCAUGAUUUGGUUCAUGAUCUUGCUCAGUCAGUCACGGACAUUUUUGUGCCAAAGGAGGAAACCAGUUCAACAAAGAGCUACAGAUACUUCUCUUUAACUGGACAUGAAAUAAAAUUUCCAUCCAAAAAUCGUUUCGAAAAAGCACGUGCUAUAUAUGUUGAUAAUGGUGGCGAUACAACAUUUGGCAACACAUUGAAGAGUGCAAGACACUUGCGCAGUAUCACCAUGGAGCGUUUGUAUGCAGCAAUCGUGCCCACUGUCAUAUUUCAAGUGAAAAAUCUGAAAUAUCUAGGGAUUUCAAGACUAAGAUGUGAAGUACUCCCUGAUGCCAUUUCAAAUAUUUGGAGCCUACAAGCUCUCCAUGUAACAUUUAGCGAUCUUCUCAAGCUGCCUAAAUCCAUUGGUAAGCUGCAGAAGUUAAGAACACUUAACCUGUCACAGUGUGUAAAGCUGAUGUGUUUACCAGAUUCUAUUGGUGAUUGUCAAAUGAUUUCAGUCAUAAAUCUUUGCAACUGCAAGGAGAUUACAGUUUUGCCAAACUCUAUAAUCAGGAAUACAAACCUCAGAGUCUUGAGACUAGGUUAUACCAAAAUUGAGAGGCUGCCAUCAAGUAUCACAACACUGAGAAAUCUGGAGUGUUUGGACCUUCAAGAAUGCCAUGGACUUGUAGAGUUGCCUGAAGGCAUCGGCAACUUGCAUAAGCUUCAAAUUUUGGACCUAGAUGGAUGCAAUGGACUGGGUAGCAUGCCAGUAGGGAUUGGAAAGCUCAGACGACUACAAAAGUUGGGUUUAUUUGCUGUGGGAGAUGGCGAAACAUCUGCAAAAAUUUCAGAGAUUGGUAAUAUUAUUAGGAUCAGCGGGAAACUAUCUAUUAGAGGUGUUGCACAUGUUAUGAGCCCCGCUGAUGCACACAGUGCAUGGUUGAAGCAAAAGAUGAACUUACAAAUGCUUACGUUAAAUUGGAGGUGUAAUGACUUCCAUUCCAAAUGUGGGAGGUGUCAUGAUGACUCAAUGAACACAGACAAUGAGUUGGCUAUAUUGGAUGGCCUGGAACCACCAUCUGGGAUUCGAGUUCUAAGAAUCAUCGGGUAUGCGGGUUGUCAGUACAUGAGGUGGAUGCAGAAGCAAGUUGGAAUCAGGAGCGUGCAAGCGCUUUCACAUUUUCCACGUUUGACCGAGGUGACACUAUCAGAUUUACCAAAACUGAAGCAGCUGGAGGGUCUUGUUGAGUUGCCUUGCUUAGAGGAACUUGAGCUGCGAAGAAUGCCUGCUCUUGAGAGCAUAAGUGGAGGUCCAUUUCCUUCACUGAUGGAGUUGAAGAUGAAUGAUCUGCCUAGUUUAGGAGAAUUAUGGAUGUUCGUUUCUGGUGGGGAGGAAACAGAAUGUGGCAGCAACUACAGUUGCCAUCACGUGGGACAAGUUGCAAUUGGUAAUCGUCUAUCAUAUAUAUGUAUAGAGAAAUGUCCUAAACUGAUGGUGAAGCCACACUUCCCCUCUUCACUGGAUUACUUAGAGUUGGAUUGGAGCAAUGGCCAACUGCUACAAUUGGUAGGCCAAGACCAUGGGAGUAUCCCACCCUCCUUUAGUCUGAGGACCUUUACAGCGCCGCAUACUACUCGUAAGAGAAUACUGGUAUGCAUCAGAACAACCCGUUGAUCUGAUAAGGUAGUUUUGAUGCUGACUCGAGCACAAAGAGUUUACAAAAGUGUAUUUACCCAUUUGUGACGAGAAGUUGGAUUUUUACCACUUUCAAUAGGUGCCUUGUUGUAAAUUUGGCUUCGUAAGAUUACCACUUGUAUCCUAGACACAUUGUUUUUCAUGCAAUUUUCUCUGAUUUAUUUAUUUUUUAAUUCCUUCUUC